ACACACACACACACUCUGUUGGUGGUGGUGGGCGUGGCCGUCUCCUCCACCAGACGGACCUCACCAGAGCGGAGCAGCUCCCUUUCUUCCUCCUCCUCCUCCUCCGCUUUUCCCCUCCUCCUGCUCCGUCCCCGGGCCGCGGCCGGCAGAUAUUUCUCCCCAACCGAUCCGAAUCCCGCUCGCCGCCCGAUCCCGCUGCCCCCGUGCUCCGCGGCCCGGUCCGGAGACCCCGAAAAAUCCGCCCUUUUCCCCUCCUCCUCUUCUUCUUCUUCUUCUUGAUUCGGAGAUCUCCUCUCCGUCCCCUCUCCCUCCCUCCCUCCCUCCCACCCUCUCUCUCCCUCCCCCGGCCGAGCGAUGAUGGCGUCCUAGCUAGUUGUCUAGCUGGCCGCGAUGAGGAGGGCCGGCGGCAAGGACGGCGGGGAGGACAAGGUCAUGGGCCCGCUCUUCCCCAGGCUCCACGUCAACGACACCACGCUCAAGGGCGGCGGCCCGCGCGCGCCGCCCCGCAACAAGAUGGCCCUCUACGAGCGGUUCAGCGUCCCCUCCCAGCGCUUCGCCGCCAACGCCGCCAACACCGCCCCAGCCGCCGCCCACCGCCCCGCCGCCAGCUACGCCGCGGUCUCCUCCGCCUCCGCCGGACAGAUUGGUGGGAUCGACAGACCUCUCUUUCCAUCAUUUUGUGUGCCUUCAAACAAACCUGUGCGUUUGCCCGAACACAUCAAGACCAACUCGAGUGGGCGGGAUGGCCAUGCUACAUCUGGGAGGCUUUCCACCCUGCUUAAGAGCAAGGACGCCUAUGCUGCAGGAUCGACUGCUGAGUGUAGUAGUUCACAGCGUAGAGACAAUAACAGCAACAACAACAACAACACGAAGAAUUCUUCUGGGAAGAAGUUGACUCACGAUGAUGAUUUUACGGUUCCUUCUGUCUUCUGCUCUGGAGUGCGCCCUCGCUCCAACCAUGAGGAAGUGAGGAUCCAAGAGAAUUCCACACCCUUCCCAGCUACAAGUCCGUAUAAGAGUGGGCCUACGCUGUCCAAACCAACUGCAAAAUUUCCCAACACCGACAAGAGGUACCUGGAAGGAAGGAACGCGUCGGACACGAGAUCAAUGGACUCUCCAAGUAUUAUCAGGGACAAAGCACCAGCAAACACAACGACAAACUUUUUGGAAGCUGAAGAGAGGACUUCAUCAUUUCAAUUUUCUGCAGAGAAGACAAUGGGUAAAAGAGACGACAAAGGCUCUUCGUAUAGUAGGGUAAAAGAGACGAGCAGUAUAAAUGUUUCUGAUAAGCAACAUUCCCGAAACGAGGGGCAUCAGGCUAGAACAAGGAAUGAGAAUGCUGCUGAGUCUCAGAAUGCUCCAAAGGCUGGAAAUGGGCCAUACUCUACUGACAUCGCAUGCAACGGCGCUUCUAAACUGUCGGAGAAAGGCCUAAGAGAGACUGGUGAAAAGAGAAAAAGAUCAACCGGACAUCACGAUGUGCAGAGGGAUGAUUCCUCGGAUUCCUCUGUGGAAUCUCUGCCAGAUCUGGAGAUCUCUCCAGAUGAUGUUGUCGGUGCUAUUGGUCCAAAGCAUUUCUGGAAAGCAAGAAGAGCUAUCGUCAAUCAGCAGCGGGUUUUUGCUGUCCAAGUGUUCGAGCUGCAUCGACUGAUCAAAGUGCAGAAGUUGAUUGCAGCAUCUCCACACCUACUUAUUGAAGGGGAUCCGUGCCUUGGCAGUGCCCUGGUGACAAGCAAGAAGAAGACGGCUGCAGCCAAUGUGGAAAAGCAGCUUCUAUCAGCUAAAAGCAAAGACGACGAUGAUGCACAGCUUACCCUGCAGCAGGCGGAGUACUUGAAAGACAACACUGAAGGAAACCAGGCUUCACCAUCUCAAGACAAUGAUGUAGUCGAGGUCCGGCAUGAGAACCAAGCUGCAUCAAACGGUGCGGUUAGCAGUAACCCUCCUGCUAUGCCUGCUCCUCCCGACAACAAGCAGAACAACUGGUGUGCUCCUCCGCCUCAGAAUCAGUGGCUCGUUCCCGUCAUGUCUCCGUCGGAAGGGUUCGUCUACAAACCAUACACAGGGCCGUGCCCCCCGGCAGGAAGCAUCUUGGCCCCGUUUUACGCAAGCUGUGCUCCUCUGAGCCUGCCAUCUACAGCUGGGGAAUUCAUGAAUUCUCCAUACGGCAUCCCUAUGCCUCACCAGCCGCAGCACAUGGGCGUCGGCGGCCCACCAGCCAUGCCCCCGAUGUACUUCCGGCCUUUCAGCGUGCCAGUGAUGAACCUGGUGGUCUCAUCCUCCGCAGUGGAGCAGGUGAGCCGCGUGGCCGCAGCGCGACCCAACACUCAUGUCGAGCACCACUCAAGGAGCUCGUGCAACAUGAGGAACGAGGCCGUGUCGGCCGGCGGCGUCUGGAGGUUCCACUCGUCCCGCGGCAGCGAGCUGCAAGGGAGCAGCGCCGCCAGCAGCCCUUUUGACAGGCAGCAGGGCCAGGGCGAGGCGAGGGGCCCUGCCGCGGCCGCACCUGCGGCGCCCCUCCCUACGUCGUCGGCCGGGAACGGGAACGCGGCCCAGCAACCCCAGGUCUCCUCGGGCAGCCAGGAGAACCCGGUGGCGGCAGCGGCCCGUGUGAUCCGGGUGGUCCCGCACACAGCGCGCACCGCGUCAGAGUCGGCGGCGCGCAUCUUCCGGUCGAUCCAGAUGGAGAGGCAGCAGAACGGCCCGUGACCGAGCGACCGCAUGCAGUGGUUGGCCGGCACAAAGAAAGAAAGGAAGGAAGAAAGCUUAGCCAAUUAGCGCUUGGGAGUAUGUUGUUAUUUUUGAGCAGGCAGGCAGCAAGCAAAUAGCAUUCCUAUAUAUUUGUCCCUCGGUGUCGGUAAAAGCGAAUUUUUGGCGACUGUAAAUAUGCAAAGCAAAGCAGGACUUGCCAGAACAGAAUGAGUGCUGGUUGCGCAAAGCAGGACUUGUAUCUAUCAAUCUAUCUAUCUAUUUAUGCCAGAAUGAAAACUGUAACUGUUAGUGUUAGGUGUAUGUAUGUCUCAGGCAAAAAGAAGUGAAACCUGGGAGUGAUGGCUCUGCUAUAUUAUCUAUGUAUGUGCAGCUAUAGUGCCUGCUGAUAUCUUAUAAAAGAAAUUUGGUAUGUUUCUUUUUUUGCC